GAUACAAACUAUCCGCUUCUUGUCGCUGUUGUCUCCUGGUGGUGUGCGAAGGGGGGGGAAGACAGCCAGCCAAAAAAAAAAAAAACAGGCACUAAAAUGGCGCUUACUUCUCAAGGAACAAAGAAGAAAGUUUGCUACUACUACGACGGUGAUGUUGGAAACUAUUACUAUGGCCAGGGGCACCCCAUGAAGCCCCACCGUAUCCGCAUGACUCACAACCUGUUGCUCAACUAUGGGCUCUACAGAAAGAUGGAGAUAUAUCGUCCGCACAAAGCCAGCGGAGAAGAGAUGACAAAGUAUCACAGCGACGAUUACAUCAAAUUCCUCCGUUCGAUUAGACCGGACAACAUGUCGGAGUACAGCAAACAAAUGCAGAGAUUUAACGUGGGGGAGGACUGUCCAGUGUUUGACGGUUUGUUUGAGUUCUGCCAGCUCUCAGGAGGGGGCUCCGUCGCUGGUGCGGUGAAGUUGAACAAGCAGCAGACAGACAUCGCUAUCAACUGGGCCGGAGGCCUGCAUCACGCCAAGAAGUCCGAGGCCUCUGGGUUUUGCUACGUCAACGACAUCGUACUCGCUAUUCUGGAGUUACUGAAGUACCACCAGAGAGUCCUGUAUAUAGAUAUUGACAUCCAUCACGGAGACGGUGUGGAGGAGGCCUUCUACACCACAGACCGGGUCAUGACUGUUUCCUUCCACAAGUACGGGGAGUACUUCCCUGGCACUGGCGACCUGAGGGACAUCGGAGCCGGUAAGGGUAAAUAUUACGCUGUGAAUUACCCACUGAGGGACGGGAUCGACGAUGAGUCGUAUGAAGCCAUCUUCAGACCUAUCAUGGCCAAGGUGAUGGAGAUGUACCAACCCAGCGCAGUGGUUCUGCAGUGUGGAGCCGAUUCUCUGUCAGGAGACCGGCUUGGUUGCUUUAACCUCACCAUCAAAGGCCAUGCCAAGUGUGUGGAGUAUAUGAAGAGUUUCAACCUGCCACUGCUGAUGCUGGGUGGAGGAGGCUACACCAUCCGUAAUGUGGCGCGCUGCUGGACAUACGAGACUGCUGUGGCCCUCGAUACCUCCAUCCCCAACGAGCUCCCAUACAACGACUACUUUGAGUACUUUGGACCAGACUUCAAGCUGCACAUCAGCCCCUCCAACAUGACCAAUCAGAACACAAACGAUUAUCUGGAGAAGAUCAAGCAGCGCUUGUUUGAGAACUUGCGUAUGUUGCCUCACGCGCCCGGGGUCCAAAUGCAGGCCAUCCCAGAGGACGCCGUGCAGGAGGACAGCGGCGAUGAGGAGGAGGAGGACCCCAACAAACGCAUCUCCAUCCGCGCUCACGACAAGAGGAUAGCGUGUGAGGAGGAGUUCUCUGACUCGGAGGAUGAAGGCGAAGGAGGCCGCAGGAACGCAGCCAGCUUCAAGAAAGUCAAGCGAGCCAAAACCGAAGGAGAGAAAGAGGGAGAAGAAAAAGAGAAGAAAGGUGAGGAGGAAACAAAAGAAGUAAAAGAAGAGGAGAAGGUGCCAGAGGAGGAGAAAAUGGACACCUCAAAGCCAAAAGAGGAGUCCAAGACACCCUGAGGUCCUCAGCAGCCAGUGAUGCCAUGGCAACUAUCAGGACCCAUCUUAAAGCAAGAUGGUUUUGAGUCCUUCUCUCCAGGCUGCUGCUGUUAAAGUCAGUGAAGAACUAUAUCUUUGCAAUGAAACCCCCACCCGUCCACAUGGGAUGGGGGUUUCAAACGUUUUCUAGGACACCUUUUCAACCGUACCUGUUUUAUGGACUGAGGUUCAACGGAGUGUUUUUUUUUUUUUGUAUGCUUUCUCAUUUUUUAUUCUUUUUAUUCUAUGACUUUUUGCUUAUCCCCUUGUGACGUAACUCUGUAAAAAUGGCUUAGUACAUGUAUGCUUUUAUAUAUCUGAUGGAUUUAACUUAUUUAAAUCAUAGAUAUUUUGGCUACUUGGUUUCGUCUUUAUGACUUGUCUUGUCUUUAAAAAUGGAGUUGAAGCAUGUUUAUACAAUAGAUCCUUUUCUCUAAUACAUUUUUGUCACUGGUUUAGUCUGCUAAAGUCAAAAGGAGUUGUGUGUACCCGAAGACCUUUUUAACAAGGCACAAUAAACUUCAAAUUACAAUUUUAUAUUUUAGUUUGUAACUUAGUACGUGUCCUUUAAACAUUGACAGCUGCAUCUUUUUGGAACCACAAAAUAUUAGAAUUGUUUGGGUCCGGUACCAUAAUUGCUGGUGUCAAUGCUAAUUUGGACGUAAAUGUCCAAAGUGUAGUAAUCUAAAAUGAGAGAGACAAAUUCAUUUGUGUAUAUAUUUGUAUUCUGAGAAGUGUCGUUUAAAUCUGACCCCAGUGUGCGUUGACAACCCCUUUUUUACACCAAUAAAAAUUGCCCUGAAAAGUGAA